ACAAGACGUCAGAAGCGACUCUAUCGUCAUCUCAAGUCAGAGGUGAACAAAUCACAGCGUGGGGUGUACCGUGCCAAGGCUGGUUACAUCAGGGAGAGACCCCUUACAGCCCCAGAUUUGUCAAUGUAUACACCACGCAAUGCAUCGACAAAAUCCAUCAACUUCUCUGCUCAGACGGCUUACCAGAGGAUACAGAACAAGGUCAAAUUAGCACGGCCAGGUGAUGGAGUUGUGACUGAUACAUCAGAUCGUCCUCUGUAUGUAGAGGCGGAGCCUGUGGAAAAGCCAUGUGGAAUCACGGAGGAUGAUCUCCAGGACACUCAGAAAAAGUUUGAAGUUUUACAGUUUGAUAUGGAAACCAUUGAUGGUAGGUUCCAGAUCAUAAAGGAAGACACCAUGGAUAUGUACUACCCAGGACACAAAGACAGACACCAAGAAGACCGUAGUGUACUGAAACCUCGACCCAAGUCUGAGAUGUUACCGUCCCAUAAUAAUCAUGAGGAGAUAACUUUGAAAGAACGACCAAAGUCUGAAUCUCAUCUGUUGCAACUACGACAGGCAAAAAAAGUUGCCACCAAAUCAGCCAGCCGCCCUAAUCCAAGUGUCUCUUCGACCAAGAUGAAAGAUGGCCAUAAAACCAUCAUCAUCCAAGUCUUACCAGGGAUGUCAGAGUCUUGUAAAACUGAUCUCAGUGCUGCAGAUUCUUGUAGGACUGUGGACACAGGCUACUCAAGCUUUGAUGAAAGGAGUUCCACUUUAGAAGAAUCAAAAGCAGAGAAGCCACAUACAUCCUACAGUGACAGACAGUCUUUGUCCCAUAGUCAUUCAGCUACCUCAACUAGGAACAGCAGUAGUGGCACUAAAAAGGACAGUCAGUUGAAGAAAGUAGGGAUAGAAAUUGUACCUCAUAUGGAUCACAGCAAGCCUCGCCCAGUCAGUGUUGGAGGGAUUGGAACCAUAUCUCUUUUGGAAAACAUCUCCGAGGCACGGUACUGGGAAGAUGCUUACAAUGUGGAUAUUACAGAUGAGGCCAGUAGUGAUGACAGUGACGCUCACACACUCUCAUCUACUGACAGUGGCAUAAGUCGGCGUCAAGGUGAUGAGCUCCAAUCUAGUCUUGCUCUUCUAAAACAACGUCUCAGUGAAGAGCCAGUCCAAACCAAGGUGAAGGACAAACUACUAAAGAACAAAUCAAAGUUCAAAUGUCAGGAUCAAAACACACUUGAGAAAGAAAUGAGGAUUAAACGACAGCGACGGUUGCAACAGCCAAGAGCAAGGACAAACCAGAAUCUAGUCAUCAGUUCAGAGUCUAUAAAGUCUAAAUGUGAGUCGGGGAGCAGGCAGGCUAUCAGUUCAACAGUGGGCAAGGAACAGGCUAUCAACAUUGAUCACAAACCGCUUGUCCGGCAGUCAGAUGGCAAACUUGCCCGGUCAGUCUCUGCUCCAAUGUCAUCAACCUUUCAUCACAAAGAUAAGUCAAGUGAAAAAAGAGAAAAAAUCAGUUAUACAAACAAUGCCAAAGGAAAGAAAAUCUCAAAACUGGAAGCUGAAAUGACAAAGGUGUUAAAUAAAAAUCCCAAAGUAGGACGUCUUGUGAAACGUGGUGAGGGCCUGUUGUCCCCUGACCUGAUGAAGAAAUUGAUUUCAACUCUAGCCUAA